AUCGGAUCGCACGACCUCGAUCUCGACACCCCCACCCCUCCAUUCCGAUAUGUAGCCCGUACACCCACCAACAUCACUUUCGCGCCUCUCAGUCAGGAAACAGUGCACACCGCUUGCAGAGCUUAUGCAGAUCUACGAAUCGGACAAACACCUCUCCUGGUACUUACCCAUCAUCCAAUAUUCAGUUGUCUAUCCGAUCGUUUAUGAUGCAGAGGAUCACGUGUUAAGCUUGCCAACCCAUCAUCAACUCGGAGCAUAGUAAGAUCAUGCUGGAGACUAAGAAUGUGUUCAUUGAUACGACUGCUACAGAUGAUACGAAGCUGCAGAUCAUGAUUAAUAUGGUGGCGAGUAUGUUUUUGGAGUACUGUGCUGAGCCUUUCACGAUUGAGCCUUGCAAGAUUGUCUUUCCUGACGGUUCGACGCUCAUAUCUCCUAAUGUCACUCCCUGCACCGUGACUGCACGCGUGUCGUACAUCAAUUCCUCCACCUCUCUUUCCCUAACACCCUCCACAAUCCAGUUCCUCCCAACACGCAUAAGCCUCUCACCCACCCUCUCACUCAACGACUCCAACGCUCUAAUUGUCUCACUUCAGUGCACGCGUCCCAACAUCUUCCACGAGGUCAACAUAAUGGAAGACGCAGCAGUCGCUUACGGGUUCAACAACCUCCCAGAUAUCUUCCUCCAGGCCAGCACAGUCGCACAGCCGUUAUCAAUCAGCAGACUCAUGGACAUUAUCCAGAAAGGAAUGGGCGAUGGCAGCAUGAGUUGA